GCUGACCAGAAGCACAUGACCAGGCGUGUUUACACCUGCACUGACAGACAGGCACGCAGCGACCGCACUGACAGGGAAACCUAUUGUUUUAAACCAAGAGAAGAAGCAGUCGUCAGAGGUAAUUAUUCAGCCGACGUUUACUAAGACUUGCUCCAGGCAGCCUCUGCCCAUCUGUAUCCCAGGAGGGAAGCUACAUCCUCAGCCACAGGCUACAGGAAGCCAUCCCUCUUGCUGUCCAUCAUGGAGGACACAGAUGUGGAACAGGUGACCCUGGCUCUUCUAGACGCGGCCACUGAUAAAGACUCAGAGGUCCAGGAGCAGGUCAGGAAGUCCAUGUUGACCCUGGGAAAACAGCAGCCAGACAGAGUGUUAGCCAUGUGCCAGGACUACUUGCUGAAACACCCAAAGUUGGUGGUGAGCCACAGAGUUGUGAUUCUUCAGACAAUUGAGCUGAUAGUGGGUUGCAGGAUAGAGGAGAUCAGUUACCCCAGGAUCAAAAGCAUCAUCUCUCUAGCCUCGGAUGAGAUGACACGAUCAAAGGAGGUCAUCCCUGACUGGCAGCAGGCAGCCAGUAAUAUUUUGGUCGCUGUCGGUAACAAGCACAUCAAUGACAUCAUGGAGGAGAUACUUAGCAAGUUUCAGCCGGGGCUUCUUCCUCACUUCUUCGUGGUCAAGACACUAGCCAACCUUUCUGAUUCCAACGUUUAUGGAAUGGUACCCUUCCUCAAUGCUAUUCUGGGCACUAUGCUGCCGAUGUUGAGCUUGGCCAAACAGGACAACAUGAAGUGGGUCUUCUCUUCAGCUCUGUGUCACUUCAGCGACAGUAUCUUGGAGUACCUCGCCAACCUGGACAAAGCUCCAGAUCCCACUGUCAGGAAAGACACAUUCUCCAGUGAAAUCUAUGCUGCUUUCGACAUCCUCUUCAAUAAUUGGUUACAAAGCAGGGAGUCAAAGUUGAGGCUGACAGUAGCGGAGGCGCUGGGCUCUAUGUGCCAUUUGAUGGCCAGUGAUAAACUGGAGGACCAGAUUCCCAAACUCAUACCUGCCAUCCUGUCCCUGUACAAGAAAAACAACGAGCACUAUAUCAUUAGCAAGAGUCUCUGCCAAGUUCUGGAUGCUUCUGUGAGCAUGGGCAGCAGACUGCUGGAGACACAACUGGACAGUCUGCUGUUUUCCCUUCAUCAACAGGUGUCUGCACCCAUAGACUACAGUAACCCUCCUACUGUCAAGAACCACAACGAGGUCCUGCGCUGCUUCAGCUUACUAGCAAACUUCUUCCCAGACCGGCUGGUCAUGUUUGUUCUUCAGAAGUUGGAGAACAGCAACGAGCGGAGCAGGAUGGGAUCCCUGGCUGUCCUUCGUCACCUCAUCAACUCCACCACUUCCACAAUGGAGAAUAAGAAGCUGCUGAUUCUGGCCAGCAUCAGACAACCAAUGGCUGACCACAGCAACAAGGUGAAGAAGCGCGUGGUGCAGGUGAUCAGUGCCAUGGCUCAUCACGGCUACUUGGAGCUGGAGGGGGGGGAGCUGCUGGUUCGAUUCAUCGUACAACACUGUGCCCUACCUGACACAUAUCAGCGAGGCCAGAAGUCUGCAGAUCCAGAGGAGGUGACCAACGAAGCUCUGAGGUCAAUGUGCGACAACACCCUGCACCUCCUCACCACCACUGUGGGACGCCUCGCUGAUGUGCUGUGGCCAAAGCUGCUGUACUACCUGACCCCUCCACAGUUCAGCAAUGCCACCACGCCUCUGUGCAAGAGUCUGAUCGUGCUGGGCAGCAAGAAGAAAAGUAACCAGGAACCCAGCUUCAACAUAGACUUCACUGUGGAAGUCAAUCUGCCGUCUCCUCAAACCCUGAUGGUCAGGCUGCUGGUGAAUGCGGCGUUCCCGUUCAGCUGCAGAGGUCACGGAGCUCCCUCCCUCUCUCUCCUUCAAAUCCUCAGCAUCAACAUCCACCCCAACACAGAGAUAAUCUGGGAUAAAGAGAUACCUCCUCUGCUCUCCAUUCUAGAGGAGUCAACAGCAGAGAGCCUUGAUAAGAAGCACUGGGAUGAAGAGUUGUUGAAGCUGUUGUCUAAGACCCUGUCUACUAUUAAUGAUGACAAGUGGGUGUGUCAGCUGGCAGCAGAGGCAACAAGAUACCUCUCAACAUAUAACAACGCCUUAGAGGAGAAGAGUUUCCUGUACCAAUGUAUCGGAGUGACUCUCAAACAGUGUUCCAAUAAGGAAGUAGUUAAAAAGCAGCUGCAAGAAAUGCUCCUCACAGCAAAACAUAGUGAUGCCAUCGAAAGAGAGGGAGUUGCAAUGGGUGUCGGUCUGUGUGCCAACAGCCACUUGGAGGGAACGCUGGCCAAAUUGGAAGAAUUUGGAAAGUCGGACGCCUUCAAGAAGUCCCCGAGCAUCUUCAACCUUCUCAAAGAACGUAACGAUGUCGAGGUAGAGAAGGUGAAAAGCACAUUAAUCUUGUGUUACGGUCAGGUGGCCCUGAACGCACCACCGGAGAAGAUACUGACUCGCAUUGAUCAAGACAUCCUCCGCUGCAUCAGUAAACACUUCAAUACCAAGGUUCUGGGGAUUAAAGUAGAGACAAAGGACCUGACUAUGAAGCUCAGUUUGGUGCAGAGUGUUGGGCUCAUAGCCAAAGCCAUCAGUGAGUGUGUGAAGAAGCAAGGCUACGUCUUCUCUCGCAAACAGGAGAUCAUCAAUGUCUUGCUGGAUUUCAUAAAGGCAGAGCCAGCUGAUUCAUUGAGGACUCCCCUGCGCCAUCUUGUGAUGAACACCUUUGCCAACCUUAUGCCUCUGGACCCUGCACUCAGUGAGAACGAGAGCUUUGAACUGCUAAAGGUGUGUGUGAACAGUAUGUUCUCUCUGCCACCUGAAACACACACUCCAGAGAAAAACAAAGAGGAGGAGACACUGGACCCCAAGCAGAGAAAGGCGCUGUACAAAGACACCAUGGCUGCACUGCAGGAGCUGCUGAAAAGUGUUCUGGCCAGGGACCCCACACCUGAUGGCCUGCAGAACAUCUUUAAGCACAUUGAAUCCUGGUUGAGCUCCGGACAGGACCACGAGAGAGAGAGGUCUGUCAUAGCUAUUUCCCAUCUGCUGGCUUACUACCUGGACAACCUGAAUGUCAAGAACAUGGUGACUUUCCACAACCUUGGAGCUCUGCUGGGCCGACUGUCUCCACGAUGCUCUGACCCUCACCCUGCUGUACGCACCGCUGCUGUGGACUGUAUCUACUCACUGCUUUACAUUCAGCUGCGCUAUGAAGGUUUCUCCCUAGAUUAUAAGGACGAAGGUGUGGACAGUCUUUUGCCACUGAAAGACAAACUGAAUAACCCUGACCACUCAGUCUUAUAUAAAACCUGCUCUGACCUCACAAAGGUGAUGAGCAAGCGCCUCCCUCAGCAGCAGCUGACCACGCUGGUGUUCAUGUUGUUUGAAGGGCUGGUUGACAGUCAGGCGAACUGCUGCAGAGCCUCGUCUGUCAUCCUCAAUACUCUGCUGAAGAACCGAGGAGGAGGACUGCAGGAUCUGGUCCCAGAGAUGCUGGAGGUGCUACAUGUGCGUCUGCAGAACAUCACAGAGGAGCAGGUGCGAGUGGCAGUGGGACAGACCGUACUAAUCCUGGCUUCACAGCAUCUGCAGACUGUCGUCAAUACACUAGUCAACCAACCACUGCCUUACGACAGUUGGACCAGUGAGAUGUGGAUGGCCCUGGGGGCGGACCCCAUCGUAGCCAAUCAGAUCAUGGAGAUGGUGAUGGAGAAGCUUCUCAUUAUGGCGCCCUACGUAGACCAGAGGGACUCAAUGAUCAGAGGGGGGACGACAAAGGUGGCAACCAAUCAGCCGCUCGCUAUGACAUGUGGUCUCAAAGAGCUGUUAUUAAAUGGCCAGAGUCAGGAGCCGGCUCUCAGUCGGUUCCCUCAGCUCUUCUCCUGUCUUACUGUCAGACUGGGAGCAAGUGUCGGGGUCUCAGCACCAAAGGACAACAACAAUAAACACACAGCCUCCAUCCACGUAGCAGGGGUAGCAGUUGAUGCUCUGCGGAUCUUGUUGGCACGGGCUCAGUUAGAUGAGGUGAUGAAAAGACUGGAUGAGGAUAAAGCCUGGGACGCAAUGAAGGAACAGAAUUUACACGUCACUGGAGUCACACUACUGGCAAGGGCGAUGGCUAAGCAUGCUGGUCCGAGGCUGCCCGCCAUUGUGGAGUGUCUGUGUCCGUCCCUGAACAACAUCUACGAAUGCCAGAGAAUCACCGUCACUGCUUUCUUCUCUGAGCUGUUAAACCAUCAUGUGGUGACGGAGUUGAUGUUGAUAGAUGUAUUGAUGAACAACAUGAUGGAGAGGAUAUCAGAUCCCUGCUGCACAGUGCGCAUGCUGGCUGUGCGGGGGCUGGGCAAUAUAGCCGUGGGAUCACCUGAGAAGGUGAAUAAAUAUGCCAAGGAGCUGCUGGCAGCCAUGAGCUCAGGCAUGGAGGAGAAAGAUGAUCCAGGUAAGAUGAUCACCCUUGAAGCCAUGUCUGGUCUUUCCAAAGUUCUCCUCUAUCUGGACAAGAAGAACGUCCACUUAUUAGUGGUCUAUAUCUUCAUGAAGAUUAAACCAUUCUUGGAAAGUGAGAACGAUGCGAUCCGCUGUGCCUCCAUCCAUCUGAUGGGGAACCUGUCCAAGUUUGGCUCAGGAGAGCCGGUCUUCAAAGACCAGAUCCACAAUGUCCUGGUCAGCUUGCUGUUACACCUGGUGGACCCUAAUCCAGAGGUGGUGAAGGCAUGUAAGUUUUCCAUGCGAGUAUGCGCUCCUGUGGUGGGAUCAGAGCAGAUUACCACCAUGUUUCAGACCCACCUCCACGAGGACAAGAGCUUACACUACGGAGAGUUCAUCAACGACCUCACCAAGUAUCUGAUUCAGGACUUUCCCGGCAUGCUGAACUUCUAUCACAUCUCCGUCAUCCAGUUCUUCAAGAGCAGCUGGGCGGAGGUCAGAGCCGGAGCUGCCAUGUUUAUAGGGUUUCUGCUGGGGAAUCUUCCAGAGGAGCAUUUUUCCCACCUCAACAUGGGCACCAUCACUAAAGGUUUAGUGAUGCUGCUCAAAGAUCCAGAUCCUGUGGUCAGAGUGAAGGCUGCGGAGGCCAUGGGACAUUUCCACUGACACGCACAAUGACAAAGAGAUGCGUUAAAAUCACACGUGGUAGGACCCCUACUCAGAAAAAAAUUAAGAUGAAAUAUUUAUGGUUUAAAUGGUCGAAAUUUGCAGUAAUUAAAUAAGGAAAUGUCAUUAAAACCAAAAGAGUGACCAAAGCAGAAAUUAUGUGCUGCCAAACUUUACUAAUGAUCAAAAACAACACUGAUAAUUCUCAUUCAAACUCACAGUGCACAGAUAUUUAGCCAUUAGCAGCUUUGUCAAACCUCUUCUCCCACUUAACUAUGGUACUUGAAAGGAAUUGUUAAUUCUUAGCUAUAUUUUAGUGACCAAAGACUGUGUGUUGCUGUUAACAGAUCACAUUUUUUUUCUGUAGCGUUGAGUGUUCAGUCUGAGCGACAAUACCAGAGAUAUACUGUGUUCCUUAAAAUAAUGCAAAUGAUUACAUGCAUGACAACAGUUCCAUAUGUGUAGUCCUACCAGCAAGUCAUGACAGUGUAUUUAAUGUUAGUUUUAGUUUCAGACAGUCUCUUUUCACAAUGUUUUGGAGUGAAACCACGAAGAUGUAUCCCUAAACUCCGUUAAAAGGAAAUGCAUGGUACUGUGAGUAAAUUAUUUUGAGGUCUGUUAUAGGAAACACACUGAGUGUACUCGAACUACAGCAGGGCUUGUUUUAAGUUUGUAAUUGUGUGUGAAAGAUAAAAAAACCAUCAUGGUACAAUGUCAUCGUCCAGCAGUUCAGAUCAUCUAGCAGGUUUUGUUAAAUCAGACAGCAAUAACCCAUCUACUUUUUACUUUUUAUAACCAAUCAGAACAGAGUUAUGACAUGGUGUUUAACCCCAUGGGCAUGUUGGUACCAAACUUUCAUUUCCAAGCUAAAACUAAGCACACUUCCUGAAGUUGAAAUAAUUUCUGCACUCCAUAUUUUCGUUCCACCCAUGACAGCUUUUUUAAUACACAUUAACUUUUGAUUUCACAUACAGUAAUGGGUCCGUGAGAAAGUCCUGAGAGAGUGGGAAACAAAUAAUUAUGUUUAUCUAUUUCCAAAUAGUUUUCUCCGGUGAAUAAAGGUUAUGCAUUGGUGUUCUUUUUACCUUUUUUUUCAAAAUCAUUUGUGUUUGGUGUUGUAAUACUCAUGUUGGACACAAGGGGCAGAAGUGCAACACUUCCUUUAUUUGAGAGGGCUAAACGUUAUUAAAAUACAUUUCGUAUGUUAAAUCAUUUGCAAAUACACAAUUUAUGAAAUUCAAACUCACCUAGAAAAUUACCUGAUGCUUUUAGCCCUUCUUAAAAGAUGUCCCCCCCCUUGUGGGUGCAAUUAGUAUUACAACAACAAUCCCUUUAUUACCAGCUGCUUUAUCAGUUAAAAAAUAAUAAACUUAUGUCAUAACAUUUAUUUGAAGUGGGGUUAUACUUUCCCCUGUCUUCUUAAGGCUUACUUACAAUUUAGUUUAUACUUAGGAUUAUUUAUAUAUGAGGUGAUCAUUUUGUGUUGUCAUUUUUAGACGGGCCAGCCUGCCAGACUAUUCACAAACCAGUACUUCCAAAUCAGAGCCGCCAUGCUGAAAAGAGUCAGUGCCAAAUGUUCAUUCCUAACCGAAAUUAUAACCGGACCACAAAUAUGCUGUUAAUGAUUUUCUCAAUCUCACUCCAAUGCUGUCGUUUCCAUAUCAUUCUUCCAUUAAAUGUUUGUACAGUUUCAGGCAACAGUUGUUGGUUUGCAGGCCUCUGAAUAUCUUACUAUGUAAAUAAAUAUGUGAGUGUUAUACUCUGUGAGGAUGUUUAUACAUGUUCCCUUUAUGUCUGCAGAGGAAUUCACUCGAUAGACAACAAAGAGUGAUGCAAAAUAAUCCGUAAUGCUAGAGACAAAUGUCCAAUAGAGAGUCAGGUAUAAGCAAUGCGUUGUUUGUUCCAGGUUAUUGAUAAUAUUUCUGUCUUAAAUGUUUCAGUUGCACUUUUAAGCUGUCUUGCAGUCCCUGAUUUAAGAACUAAAAGGCAAAAAUCUGAAAUCCUCAAAAGCAAAAAUGUUGAAAGCAUCUCUAUACAUUUGCCAUUAAAUACCUUUUGGUAUUUUGGUCAUUCAAGACAGAAAAUGUGAUAAGCGUACAAUAGGCUGCUCCUGGAUCAGUACUCGUUGCACUGGAUGUUCUACAAAACAGGGACUGGUGGCAUCUAGCACUUUCUAACACUAUGGCUUGGUUAAGGGGUGAAUGGUGAAUGUUAAAUAGUAAUAAUAAAUGUUCUGAGUUGUAAAAGAUGUUAUAGACUUUAUACCACUGACACAAUAUUGUCUUGUCAUCUACUUGUUUUUAUCAACAUGUUGAGUGCUGUUAAUGUAUGUGUAUGACACGUGUGAAUGUGUGCAUGGCCCUUCUCAUGUGUUACUGGACCUGAAGAAAGUGGAUGAUGGCAAUCAAAUGUAUUUAAAAUGAACAAAUAAACAGAUUCAUCAAAAGUAUAA